AUGCACCCAGCUUCAAUUAUAACUACCUCCUGCCUUGUUAUCAUCUUUGCUCUUCUCACAUUCCCCCUUUUAACCACCCUCUCCCCCGAAACCCAAGACUCAAAAUGAGCCCUUUCCCACGUCAAAACAGCAGUCAAAAUAUCUUUUUUUGUGAGCCUUUUACCACUCUUCCUAUUCCUCACCCUUGGACUAGAAGUUAUCACUACAUCUUGGUCUUGAAUAAACACAAGCACGUUUGACAUUAACAUCAGCCUUAAGUUUGACUUCUACUCAAUCAUCUUUACCCCUAUCGCCCUGUACGUCACCUGAUCCAUCCUAGAAUUUGCAGCUUGGUACAUGAGCUCUGACCCCCACAUAAAUCGAUUCUUUAAAUACCUACUAAUUUUCUUGAUCAUGAUAAUCACCCUCGUAACAGCAAAUAAUCUUUUCCAAUUAUUUAUUGGUUGGGAAGGAGUAGGAAUUAUGUCUUUUCUUCUAAUUGGAUGAUGAUACGCCCGAGCAGACGCUAACACCGCAGCCCUCCAAGCAGUACUCUACAACCGAGUAGGAGACAUCGGUUUAAUCUUUGCCAUAGCAUGAAUAGCUACGAACCUUAACUCAUGAGAACUUCAACAAAUCUUUAUAACCUCAAAAGAUUUUGACCUGACCCUUCCUGCCCUUGGUCUAAUCCUAGCUGCAGCAGGUAAGUCAGCACAAUUUGGACUCCACCCGUGACUUCCCUCUGCCAUAGAGGGCCCGACACCGGUGUCUGCCCUACUCCACUCUAGCACAAUGGUCGUAGCCGGAAUCUUCCUCCUUGUCCGCAUAAGCCCCAUCCUGGAAAACAGCGAAACAGCUUUAACCACUUGCCUCUGCCUAGGAGCUCUCACCACCCUAUUUACUGCCACCUGCGCACUGACCCAAAAUGAUAUCAAAAAGAUUGUAGCUUUCUCUACUUCAAGCCAAUUAGGGCUAAUAAUAGUUACCAUUGGCCUUAACCAACCCCAACUUGCCUUCUUACACAUUUGCACUCAUGCAUUUUUUAAAGCUAUACUUUUCCUAUGCUCAGGCUCAACUAUUCACAGUCUAAACAACGAGCAAGACAUCCGAAAAAUAGGAGGAAUACACCACCUUACACCCUUCACCUCCUCAUCCCUUACCAUCGGCAGCCUAGCCCUAACGGGGACCCCCUUCCUAGCCGGAUUCUUCUCAAAAGACGCAAUUAUUGAAGCACUUAACACAUCCCACCUAAACGCCUGGGCCCUCAUGCUUGACUUACUCGCCACCUCUUUUACCGCAAUCUACAGCCUCCGAGUUAUCUUCUUUGUUUCAAUAGGUUUCCCUCGAUUUAACACCUUAUCCCCAAUUAAUGAAAACAACUCUGCUGUAAUCAACCCAAUUAAACGACUUGCAUGAGGAAGCAUUAUUGCAGGUCUUCUAAUUACCUCUAACUUCACUCCCGUAAAAACACCUAUCAUAACCAUACCCCUCCUUCUUAAAUUAGCCGCUCUAGCAGUCACUGUUAUCGGACUACUAGUGGCCCUAGAACUUGCCCAGCUCACUAACACCCAAAAAAAAGCUGUUCCUACUAUUCCCCCACACCACUUCUCCAAUAUGCUUGGCUUCUUCCCAACCAUUGUCCACCGAUUUAUCCCUAAACUAGCUCUCACCCUAGGACAAACCAUUGCUACGCAAGUAAUUGACCAAACUUGGCUAGAGAAGACAGGCCCUAAAGCCGUAUCUUCCGCUAGCAUCCCCUUGGCCGCCUCUGCCAGCAACAUCCAACAAGGCGUGGUUAAAACCUAUUUAGCCCUUUUCUUACUAACUUUAGCCCUGGCAACUCUAGCUGUCAUAGUUAAAUAG